UUUAUAUAUAAAUAUAUAUAUAUAUGCCAUUUUCAUUUGCUUUCCCCUUUACACAGAACACACCAAUUAGCCUCUUCUUAUAUUCCACAUUCCAUCACUCUAUCAAAUUCUCUCUCUUUCAUGGCGAAUAAGCCACAGGAAGAAGCUUUAAAAUACCAGACAUGGGUCCUCAAAGUCUCAAUUCAUUGUGAAGGCUGUAAGAAGAAAGUGAAGAAAGUUCUCCAAAGCGUCGAAGGGGUUUAUACAACGACCAUUGAUUCUCAGCAGCACAAGGUAACAGUUACCGGGAACGUCGACGCCGAGACACUUCUAAAAAAGCUUUUGAGAUCGGGGAAACUCGCCGAGCUUUGGCCUGAAAUUAAGCCUUCUGCGAAGAAAAAGUUCGGAAAAUCUAAGAAGCAGAAAGCUGCAGAUAAUAGUAAUAAUACUCCCGAUCAAGAAGCUGCCAACGACGACGGAGACGAUAAGGCAGCUAAAAAUGACGGCUGUGGUAAUGACAUGGAUGGAAAAGAAGCCAAUGAAGAUGACGGCGAAAACGACGAAGCCGAUGGAGAUAUCGGCGGAGAAGGCGGUGGUGGAAAUAAUGAAGGUACCAAAAAGAAGAAAAAGAAGAAGAAGAAGAAAGGUGGGCAAAAUGGGAAUUCAGGUAAUGCCGGCGGUGAUAAUCCCGGCGAGUUUUCUCCAGGCGGUGCUCCGGUGGAGAUGGGUCCGAUGAACAUGACGUCAGUGAAUCAUCAUGGCCCACCAAUUCAGCAUGUAUUUCCCUACCCACCACCACCAACUUAUAGUUACCAACAAGCUCAUCCGGUUAUGUACGGAAUGAGUUACAAUACCACUUAUCCUAGCCCUAACGCUUCGUAUUUUGCUCCCUCCAUGCAUGGUGAUUAUAUGUUCUCUCAUUCCGACAUGUAUCCUUUACCGUUCGAUCAUUCGUUUCAUACGUAUAGCGACGGCGAUGACGACGACGACGAGACUGGAUGCUCAAUUAUGUGAUCAUCAUCAUCAUCAUCAAUCUAAAAGAGAUGAUAGAUUGCACGUGGAAUCAAGUGUACCAUAUACGCAGAAUAUACUAUAAUAACUUGCGUAUUACUAGUAUAUGGAGGAGAGAGAAUAUGGGGAUGAAUUUUGUACGAUUAAAAUCUAUCUCAUAUAUAAUAUAUAUAAUUAUUAAUUAGUGUGUAAAAAAGAUAAUCUUGGGGGGUUUGUGUGGUAUUUAAUAAGAUGAUCCAUCCAGCUUUUUGUUUCAACACUUUAUGCAUUGCUUAAGAAAAGGCCAAAUAUAAGGUUGUAAUAUAUGUUUUGAUGAUUGUAGGACCUAAAGAUCUUUAAUUUUUUUUCUCUCUCA